GUUUGGUAGAGAUGUCUUUUCUACAACUUCUCCGUUUUAAUUUUUAUGUUUUUUGUUUCUUCGCUUUCCUGCCUUUCAUAAUAGGGGGGACAACUUCAGGGAAGCAAUCAAACUCCGAAUCUAACUUUUCUUUCGGUAACUUCUUUAAGAACAGUUUUUCGUAUCUGGAAGGGCCGAUCAUCUCUCGUACUUUAGAAGGCGAUGCUAUCUCGUGCUGUAUGAGGUGUCUCGACAUCUUGAAGUGUUUGUCUGUAAACUUUGCGGCCAUUGCUGACUCGAGCUUGAAGUUUUGGUGCGAGUUACUGUCGGUCGAUAAGUACAGCUGCCCAGACGAGAAGUACCAGCCCAACUCCACCUCACAUCAUUACGAAAUGAAGAGCGCGUGUGAGGACAAACCGUGUAAGAAUGGAACAUGUCACACCAACAAGCUCGACAAUACCUACACGUGUGUCUGUGAUAACGGAGUUAUCGGAAAGAAUUGCGAGAAAGAUUUAAAGAAUGCUCCAGCUCUUGGGAUGGAAGAUGGCAGAAUCAAAGACGAUCAAAUCAAACAGAGCUCUUUCUUCGACAAUAUGUCUAUGGGAAAGCACGCACGCUUGCACCUAGUCGAGAGCCAACCAGCCACCAGAGGAGCCUGGGUAUCAAAUUAUGGACCUUUUGGCCAAUGGAUACAGAUUGACUUCCAGCGACUUGUGAUAGUCACCAAAGUGCAAACACAGGGAAGAUACAGACACGAUCAAUGGAUCACAAGCUUUACCAUCAGCUACAGUCUUGACGGAACUAACUGGUCAGUGUACCAGGAGGGAGGUGUUGACAAGGUAUUCCAAGUUGUGGGUGUAACCAGUCGUCACCAGGUGGUAGAUACUGUCCUCCCUCAACCAAUCAAGACAAAACUCUUGAAGAUCACCACGGUCACUUGCAACAACUACUGUGCACUCAGGAUGGAAGUCUAUGGUUAUGACGCGGACUAAUGUGUUUCGUCCAGACAUUAUUAAGAUGCUGAUGAUGGACAUAAAUACAACGUACACUUCACAAGAAAGCGCUUUGUUAUGCUAUAUAGAGGAUUUACAGUUUUGGCUACACAGGGAUCAGAGAAUACAUAAAUCGAUAGAAUGGCUUAUGUUAUAGUCCGUUUUCACGAUGUUGCGCGCGCGUCCAAAAUGUCACAGACUGGCGGGCCAUAGCUGAUCCAAAAUAACGCGGACAAAGGGGGAAUUUGACUCUAGCGCCAAAAAUCUGCAAAAGAAGAACUCUGGCAGCUUUUUCAAUAGCUUCGUCUGUUAACUCCACUUUGUACUACAUUUAAGAUCAGCUGUGGCCCGAUGUUCUGUGGCAUUUUGGAUGCGCGCGCAACAUCUUGAAAACGGUCUAUUGGGAGAAUGCACAGAUUUAUUAAAGUAAAUGCUAGAAAGAGUUCACUAGAAAGAUCUGAUAUUAUUAUUGUUAAUAUUAGUCGCUGGACAAGCUUAAUGUUUUAAAAAGACUUAUUUACAGUUCUAUAUCAGACAGACAGACAGACAGACAGACAGACAGACAGACAGACAGACAGACAGACAGACAGACAGACAGACAGACAGACAGACAGACAGACAGACA